AUGCUCAGUCCAAAAUCUACAAAUCAAGAGGCAUCAGCAACAGGUCCUUUGGAUGAUAUAAAUACUACCAAAGAUGUGUCGAUGGUUGAUGUGAGUAAAGCAGAAGGUGAAGAUCAACAACCCACAAGGAGAAAAUCUACAAUAAUAUUGACAGAUGAAAUUGAUUUAGAUAGAAUGAAUAUCGAUAAUAAGGAAUCGGAUAAAAGUAACGAACAGGGGGAUAAGAUGCAUAUUGACCGAUCCUUAUCGAACUUGAAUCAACAGCAGCAAUCUCAAGCUUCCCAACAACUGCAACUGCAGCAACAACAACAACAACAACAACAACAACAACAACAACCAGUAGCUCCAGAUGCCAAUAUUGCAGUUCCUGUGGAUAUUAAAUGGGUCCAAGGGGGUCAAAAAGUGUAUGUAACUGGUUCAUUCACUGGAUGGAGAAAAAUGAUUGGGUUAGUAAAACAACCCGAUGAUAAUUUUAUGAUUACCUUAGGGUUACCAGUUGGAACCCAUCGUUUCAGAUUUGUGGUUGAUAAUGAGUUGAGAUUUUCCGACUUUUUACCUACAGCCACCGAUCAAAUGGGCAACUUUGUGAAUUAUAUUGAGAUUACUCCGGAAAAUGUUCAACAACAUCUAUCACAAGAAAAAGAGGAAAACAACAAUGAGUUACAACAACAAGAGCUUGAGAAACAGCAAGCAAAGACUGGCGAUAAGACAGUCAACCAACAAGCUUCACGUAGAUCUUCGGUAUCUCGAUCAAGAAGUAAUUCGAUGUGGGGGUUGACUAAUGACGAUGAUGAUAUGGGUGAUGGUUAUUCCAGAUACCAUGAUGAUGAAAGCAAUGCAUUAGAUGAAAAAACUUAUCAAUAUAUCAAAGAUAUCCCACCGAUUUUUACUGAUCCAAAAGUGAUGGAGCAGUAUUAUGUGGCGAUUGAUAAGCAAUCCAGGAAUAAUAACGGACAACAGCAAGCAUGGUUACAUCCACCACAAUUGCCACCUCAUUUAGAAAGUGUAAUUUUGAAUAAUUUCAAUAAUACUGAAAACAAUAGUGGUGCAUUACCAAUUCCAAAUCACGUUGUGUUGAAUCAUUUGGCUACCACCUCCAUCAAACAUAACACGCUUGCUGUGGCCUCCAUCGUGAGAUACAAAAGAAAGUACUUGACACAAGUUUUAUACGCCCCACUACAACAGGCUUCACUGUCUUCCAUAACACAAGAACAGCAGCUGUGA